UUGCGCAGGAAAGCUUGCGCUUUACAGUUCUUUGUUCGUUCACUUGGCAUUUCUAUCUGUUUUAUUCUUUACCGGCUAUUAAAUAGUGAAUAUAUGAAUUUUAUAAAGUGAUAUAAAUAAAAAACAGUCUUAUUAAACUGUUCUUUUGUGUCCGAUGUCUAGUGCUGAAAUCGUAGACAGCUCCGUCGAUCCCCCAGCCAAAAAGCGGAAGCUUGAUUCGAAAACUACAACCCCCGAAAUGGCGAACAAUGAAGCUUCAGGAUCAUCUCAAGCCGGUGACAUCGAUGAAGGGUUAUAUUCUCGUCAACUUUAUGUUUUGGGACAUGAUGCUAUGCGAAGAAUGGCCACUAGUGACGUCCUUAUAUCGGGCCUAGGUGGAUUAGGAGUGGAAAUAGCAAAAAAUGUUAUACUAGGUGGUGUGAAGUCGGUGACUCUUCAUGAUGAACAGAAAUGCACUAUUAAGGAUUUAUCAUCACAGUUCUAUUUCUCUGAAUCCGAUAUCGGCAAGAAUAGAGCCGAAGCUUGUUGUAAGCAGCUUUCUGAACUCAAUAAUUAUGUCCCAACGAGAUCAUAUGCUGGUUCUCUUACUGAAGACUUUAUUAAAAAAUUCAGAGUUGUGGUUCUUACGGCCAGUUCAAGAUCAGAACAACUACGUAUUAGUGAAAUAACACAUUCAAACAAUAUUGCGUUAAUUAUUGCUGAUACAAGGGGUCUAUUUGCCCAAGUUUUUUGUGAUUUUGGCGAUUCCUUCACAGUUUUUGACACUAAUGGUGAACCUACUGUAUCUGCUAUGAUUGCAGAUGUAUCAAGAGAUAAAGAAGGUAUUGUAACAUGUAUAGACGAUACAAGACAUGGAAUGGAAGAUGGAGAUUAUGUCACAUUUUCAGAAGUACAAGGCAUGACAGAACUGAAUAAUUGCAAACCGAUAAAAAUUAAAGUAUUGGGACCCUAUACUUUUAGUAUCGGCAAUACCAGCAGUUUUUCUGUAUACGAAAGGGGUGGUAUUGCGUCUCAGGUAAAAAUGUCUAAAGAACUUAAUUUCAAAUCUUUCAAAGAGUCGCUGAAAAAUCCAGAAUUUGUAAUUACUGACUAUGCAAAGUUUGACCACCCUCCACAGCUUCACCUAGCUUUUACAGCACUGUACAAGUUCAUUGAUAAAAACGGUAGGGUUCCAAAACCUUGGAACAAUGAUGAUGCUGUUGAAUUUGCAAGUCUUGCAAAAUCUAUAGCUGUCAAUGGAGCAAAUGACAAUGAAAUUAAUUCUAAUUUAUUAGAAAUAUUUGCUAAAACUUCUGGUGGAGAUUUAAAUCCAAUAAAUGCAACAAUUGGCGGUAUUGUAGCACAGGAAGUAAUGAAAGCUUGUUCUGGAAAAUUCCACCCGAUUUAUCAGUGGCUUUACUUUGACGCUAUAGAAUGCUUGCCAAGUGACCGCAAUGAAAUUUCCGAGGACCUGGCGGCUCCAACUGGAAGUCGUUAUGAUGGCCAAAUAGCUGUAUUUGGAAGAGAAUUUCAGAAGAAAAUUGCUGCACUCAAGUACUUCGUAGUCGGAGCGGGCGCAAUAGGAUGUGAAUUGCUGAAGAACUUUGCCAUGAUGGGGUUAGGAAGUCAAGAGGGUAAAAUUAUAGUUACUGACAUGGAUCUAAUUGAAAAAUCCAAUUUGAACCGCCAGUUUCUUUUCCGACCACAAAAUGUUCAGCAGCCAAAAUCAGCAACUGCUGCAAAGGUCAUUAAGAAAAUGAACCCAGAAGUAAACAUAGUUGCUCAUGAAAAUCGUGUUGGACCUGAAACUGAAAAUGUUUAUGAUGACGAUUUCUUUGAGGCUCUCGAUGGUGUAGCAAAUGCUCUAGAUAACGUUGAUGCCAGAAUUUAUAUGGAUCGAAGAUGCGUAUAUUAUCGGAAGCCCCUACUAGAAUCGGGAACAUUGGGAACUAAAGGUAAUAUCCAAGUGGUAGUGCCUUUCCUCUCGGAAUCUUACAGUUCAUCUCAAGAUCCCCCAGAGAAGAGUAUUCCCAUUUGCACGCUUAAAAAUUUCCCCAACGCCAUAGAGCAUACAUUACAAUGGGCCCGUGACAGUUUCGAAGGGCUUUUCAAACAAAAUGCUGAGAAUGCAUCGCAGUACAUAACAGAUCCAGAUUUUAUAGAGCGUACACUAAAAUUACCCGGUGUACAACCAGUAGAAGUUCUGGAUUCUGUAAAAUGUGCCCUGGUGGAUGAGAGACCCAAAUCACUUGAACAUUGCAUUGUAUGGGCUCGAAACCAUUGGCAAGAGCAAUAUUCCAACCAAAUCAGGCAACUUUUGUUUAAUUUUCCUCCGGAUCAAUUGACAAGUACAGGGCAGUUAUUCUGGUCGGGACCCAAACGUUGCCCUGAACCGUUAACGUUCGAUGUAAAUAAUCCUCUUCAUCUAGAUUAUAUCGUCGCUGCGGCGAACUUAAAAGCUACUGUAUAUGGGAUCCCAGUGAAUAGAGACCGAGCUUAUAUUGCUGAUGUUGUUAAUAAAGUGGAGAUACCAGAGUUUAUUCCAAAGUCUGGUGUGAAAAUAGCAGUUACAGAUUCCCAAAUGGCAAUGAAUGGCAAUAAUGUCGAUUUGGAUCGUUUAACUCAAAUAAGAAAUGAAUUGCCAUCGGUUGCUGAACUUAACGGGUUACAACUUACCCCGUUAGAAUUUGAAAAAGACGAUGAUACUAAUUUCCAUAUGGACUUUAUUGUGGCCUCCUCAAAUCUUAGGGCCGCUAAUUAUAAAAUUCCAGCAGCAGAUCGGCAUAAGUCCAAAUUAAUUGCAGGAAAAAUUAUUCCGGCUAUUGCAACUACCACUUCUGUGGUCGCAGGUCUUAUAUGUCUUGAACUAUUCAAGCUUGCCCGAAGCAUGAAGAGUCUGGAACCGUUCAAGAAUGGAUUUGUUAAUCUAGCCCUUCCAUUCUUCGGAUUUUCCGAACCGAUCGCUGCGCCUAAAAUGGAAUAUUGCGGCAACGAGUGGACUUUAUGGGACCGCUUUGAAGUACAGGGUGAAAUGACACUCAGCGAAUUUUUACAAUACUUCAAAGAAAGACACAAUUUGGAGAUCACUAUGCUUUCUCAAGGAGUCUGUAUGUUGUACUCAUUCUUUAUGGCUAAGGCCAAAGCUCAAGAACGUUUGGGUCUCACCAUGUCCGAAGUUGUUAAACGUGUAUCGAAGAAGCGAAUCGAACCCCACGUAAAGGCCCUUGUAUUCGAACUGUGUUGUAACGAUGCGGACGGUAACGAUGUGGAAGUUCCUUACGUAAAAUACAAUUUGUGUUGAGUGUUUACAGUUUAACUGCACUCUGUUAGGGCAUUGAAUGACUAUAAAAUGUGUGCACUCUUAUCCAGCUGGGUAAUUCAAGGAAAUGUGAUCUUGUAAAUUAUAUUUUCUGGGGAAAAAACAACACAGGUACUCUUUCGUUUCAUUCUUUUUCUUUCAUUUUCAACAAUAACUCACGAAUAUUUAUAUUUUAAAGGAGUAGCAUUUAAAUAAGCUAUACAAUGCCGUUAUAAUCAUAUUACAUAGGAGUGCUGAUAUUUUUAAUAAAAUGUAGAACGUGGUAACAUAGUGAUUAUUUUCUUAAAUAUUUUCAUGUGUGGAAUUUAAUAAAUUUGUUAACUGAAUUUCGUGUUUUCUUUUUAAUAUGUAUUUCGUUACUGUAUUUAUAAUGUUCUUUAGAUUCAAUAAAUGGUCACUUAUUUCG